AUGCAGGCAAGCUACCCUCACCCUAGCUUUGGUUCCUCGUCUUCUCCAGCCGAUGUCGGAGGAGCAGCAGCCGCAGCAGGAGGAGAGACCAUUUUCUUGAGGUAUCCGGAGACUGUUCUUGAAAGAACCCGCCGUGUCUCGCCGCGGCCGGCGGAUCUUCAUCGCCGCGGCCGACAAGUGCAAUCUAGAGAAGCGAAAGGUAAUGCGCGCCGAGGACAUGAUCUGGUGCAUGGGCAUCCUCGGUUUCGACGAGUAUAUCGAGCCGCUGAUUACGCACCUCAAGAAAUUCCGCGAGACGGAGGGCUCUUCCACCUACUCCAGGUCUCCUACACCGGCGACGUUGGCGACGGUUUUGGCGGCGGUAGCGCUGUCAUAGCCAGCAACAGUGGGUUUACUCCAGGUGGUGUUGUUGGGAUAUAUGGCGGCUGCGGCGGGGCUGUCACUACCGGAAACAGUGUGUUCACUCCAAUGGGUGGUGUUGAGAUGUACAACGGCGGCGGCAACGGUGGUGUCAUGGGCGUCAAUGGUGGCUACACUCAAGGAGGUGCUAUGGUAUUUUACGACGGCGGCGGUGACCGGGCUGCCAUGAUCGGUAACAGUUGCUUUACUUCAGGAGGUGUAGAUGGCAUUUACGACAGCUGCUGCAGCGGGGGUGUCAUGGUCCAAAAUAAUAGCUUCUCUCUUGGCGGUAGUGUUGAGACAUGGUCGUGCCGGCGGCGGGAGUGUCAUCGGCGGCGGCAAUGGUGACUGCACCCAAGGAGCUGGUGUAGGAAGAAUUUGCGACGGCAACAGUGGCUUCACACCAUUAAGCAGGGUUGAGAUAUAUGGCGGCACCAAUGGCAGGGUUGCCAUGACCGGCAACAGUCACUUCACUCCAGAAUGUAGAAUUGAUAUUAACAAGGGCACAGGUGGGAGGACUGUCAUAAAUGGCGGCGGUUCCUUCACACCAGGAGGUGGUGUUGGGAUAUACGACGACGGCUCGGUCAGCAGCAUUGUCAUGGCCGACAACAAUGGCUUCACUCCAAGAUAUGGAAUUAGUGGGGGGGGGGCUCCCAUGGCCGGAAACAGUGACUUCACUGUAAUGGGUGGUGUUCAACAUGACAGUGCUAACAGCAAGGCUGCCAUGGCUGGUUAACAGUGGCUUCACUCCUGGUGGUGGUGUCGAGAUGUUCAGCACGGCUGGUGGCGGGGUUGUCAUGGCCGGCAAUGGAUUCACACUGCAGCGACUGGUGUUGGGAUAUAUGGUGGCUCCGACAAUGGGGUUGCCAUGGCCGGGAAUAGUAGCUUCGCGCUAGAAUGCUGUACGGGUAUUAACAAAGGUGCAGGUUGGGGGACUGACAUGGCCGGCAAUGAUGGCUUCACUCCGGGCGACAGCAGGACUGUCAUGGCUGGCAACGGAGACUGCAACCCAAGAGGUGAAGUGGAUUUUACGACAGUUCUGGCGGCUGAGCUGUCACGGCCGGCAGCAGUGGAUUCACUGCGGGAGGUGCAUUUGGAGCUUAUGAUGGCAAUGUUGACUUCCCUCCCGGAUGUGGAGUGGUGGCCGGAAUCCAUGGCGAGGCUGCCAAUGCACCGGGCGGUGGCUUCAUCACAAGCGACCACCAUCUUUACGGUGGUGGGGAGAUCAUGGCCGCGCCACAGGACUGGGGGACCCUGCCUUGUUAUCCCCGUCAGAUGACCAUGGAUGGUGGCGCCGCCGGUAUCAGCAACUGGGGAUUCGUUGGGGAGUAG